GCCUCUGAAUUUACUUGUUUGUUCACACACCGAAGCUUAAAAACAAGCCUGACACUUUGUCGCUAAAAACUUGUUUUAUUUUCUGAAGAUGAUGUCGAGUGAAUGUGAAAUCUAAAACUUUUUUUAAUUCUUUAUAUAUAUUAUAUUUCAAUGAGUGAUCUGUACAACAUAAGCUCUUUACAAACUUAUGCACAAUGGGUUGCAUGCUGAGAAGCGACAAGAUGUCGCUAUACGAAAUUUAUCUUCAGCCGGAAACUGCUUUUGAAGUAAUAUCGAGAUUCGGCGAGACUGGAAACGUGCAGUUUAUUGACAUGACACCCGACGUAAAGCCAUUUGCAAGGAACUACAUAAUGGAGUUCUGUCGUUGCGUUGAAAUAGAACGUAAACUUAUUUAUAUGGAAGGUGAAAUUGUGAAAGAUGAUAUAAAUAUUCCAGAUGUCGAGGUUAUACCAAAGGCUCUGCCUCUUUAUGAGAUGACUUCAUUGGAGAACGUCGUGGAAAAAUGGGAAGGUGACGUGUACGAUAUGUCAGAAAACCAGACAAUCUUAUUGGCAAAUCUGAUGCACUUAAAGGAAAUGUAUUAUGCAAUCAGUAGCCUAGGUGAUAUUUUAGGUGAUGCUGAGAUAAAUAAGGAAUCAUUUUUUGGAAAGGGCGCAACAGGAGAUGCAAUCAUUUCUGGCCGCUUGAUCGUUAUAUGUGGUGUUGUUCGUAGAAACCGAUGUCUUCCAUUUGAAAUGAUGCUUUGGAGGGUCUCUCGUGGAAAUAUUUUCUAUAGACAAGCGUCUGAGGACGCUGUAUUCACUGAUCCACAAACUGGUCAAGGAAUUCGCAAGAUAGCCUUUGUAGCGGUAUGCCAGGGUGAAACGUUAAGUGGAAGACUCGAAAAAGUUUGCAGUGGAUUCCGAACUAAUAUAUUUUCUAGUCCAGAAACCGUGGAAGAAAGAAUGGAUAUGCUUUAUAAACUUGACACUAGAAUAACUGAUUUGGAAAAAGUUAUUAAAAAGACAAAAUUUCACCGUUGUAAAGCUCUUUGCACUGUAGCACGACAGUUAAGAAUGUGGAGCUUCCAAGUAAGGAAGUCAAAGGCAGUUUACAACAUAAUGAAUAUGUUUUCUUUGGAUAUUACUAAAAAAUGCCUCAUUGGGCGAAUCUGGGUACCUGAUCUAGACGUGCCUGCGGCUCACGAUAUGCUGGAACAGAGCUCAGAGAAAACGGAAAGCAAUGUACCCUCGUUUAUGUCAAAAAUAGAAACCAGUUCUGUGCCACCUACAUAUCACCGUACUAACAAGUUUACGAAUGGAUUCCAAGCACUUAUUAAUGCUUAUGGCGACUCUGAAUACCGAGAGCUGAAUCCAGGUCUAUACACUAUCAUAACGUUUCCAUUCUUAUUCGCUGUGAUGUUUGGGGAUGUCUGUCAUGGUAUUAUUUUAUUAUCAUUUGCUGGGUGGAUGAUAAGCAUUGAAAAACAGUACAUGAGCAGACCAAGUAAUAACGAAAUUUGGAAUAUCUUUUUUGGUGGACGCUACGUAAUAUUGCUAAUGGGAGUUUUUACAUUGUUUACUGGAUUUAUGUAUAAUGUAUACUUCUCAAAAUCUAUUUCAUUAAUGAGUCCUUAUUGGAUUAAUACUUAUACACGUGAAGAAAUUGAAAACAACCAGUAUUUGACUCUGAAUCCCGUGUUUGAAACUAAUGAUCCAUAUUUGUUUGGCGUGGAUCCUUUGUGGGCGUUAGCAAAGAAUAAAAUUAUGUACUUAAAUUCAUUGAAAAUGAAACUUUCAAUAAUAAUUGGAAUAAUACACAUGAUAUUUGGAUUAACUUUAAGUCUCUUCAACCAUAUAUAUUUCAGGCGUAACUACGCCAUCAUUCUGGAAUUUAUACCCCAAAUGGUAUUUUUAUGUGGACUUUUCUUGUGGUUAGUCAUACUCAUGUUCAUGAAGUGGUUUAUGUUCAGUGGCAAAUCAACUAAUAUCAAGAAUGGGGCUGGUUGUGCUCCGUUGAUUUUAAUCUAUUUUAUCGAUAUGGUAUUAAUGUCUACCACGAAGCCAGUAGAAGAUGAAUGUGACGCUUACAUGUUUGAAGGACAAAAAACACUUCAAACAUGUCUAGUAAUUAUAUCGCUAAGUUGUGUGCCAGUCAUGCUCUUUGGAAGUCCGAUAUAUAAGAAUAUGAUGAAUAAAAGGAUAGAAAGAGAAAGAAGUGGGACGAAGUACAAGUCGACCAAAUUUCGGAAAUACCAGAAAAAUAAGGCUAUAGGCAAUGAACACCAGGAAAAUGAUCCAGAUCCUGAACAUCAUUCGUAUGGUGAACUACAAAUCCAUCAGGCAGUUCACACAAUCGAGUUCGUUUUGAGUACCAUAUCUCACACUGCUUCGUAUCUAAGAUUAUGGGCGCUAUCUCUAGCACAUGAACAAUUAUCAGAAAUGUUAUGGGUUAUGAUUUUAGCGAAGUUGGCCCUACGUGUUACAAAUAUAUGGGGUUCUUUAAGAAUUUUCGUCAUAUUUGCUAUUUGGGCGGUUUUUACUUUGUCCAUAUUAGUGGUUAUGGAGGGUUUGUCCGCCUUCCUUCACACAUUGCGUUUACAUUGGGUGGAGUUUAUGAGCAAGUUUUACUACGGAAGUGGACAUCCGUUUAAGCCCUUUAGCUUUAGAACGGUUUUAUUUGGCGAUGGUAAGGAGGAUACCCCUGAUGCUGUUUGCAAGAAGAAAGCUUAAGAAAUAGAAUGCUUCAAUAUGUUUAAUCGUUAUCAUAUUACACGGACUAGUAAAAAAAGAAGGACUCCACGCCGUCAUAUUAGCAAGUGAAGCACCUUUAUGCUAGUGUGUGUGCGGUUACGGGAUAUACCAGAUACACAAUUUUUUCUCCCUUAAAUAAUCAUAUAUCCACAAAUACUCUUAUGGGAUUGUUUUUACACUUUUACGCAACGCACGACGGCAUUUUUAAAAUAUUUAAUUGCGACGCAAACUGAUCUGUCACAGACGAUGGCAAAUCUCAUAAUGGCGGCCGAUCAGCUUGUAUUUGUGUAAGUGUAUGCGUAUUUAUACGUUUACCGGCUUGUUUUGGUGCCUCACUGUUAUGUAAGGUGACACGGAGUCCUUCUUAUUGUACUCGUCCGUGCCAUAUUAUAUGUAAAUUUAGAAUUAUUAUAGGUUCUAGAUAUUUAUGUUCGAGACAUUGAUAAAGGGAAGUUUUGCUUAAUUCGAUAUGUUACUACUGUUUAGUUGAUUAUAGAAUGUUGUAAUUUUUGGCUUAGUGCUUAAAUAACACAUUUUUGAGUUUCAUGUCCAGUGGUCACUUAGUGCAAGAAAUAGACGUUUAAUUAAAAAUAUUUCUUAAUAAACUGUAGCAGUGUAAACGUAUAACUCGAUCGAAUUAACAUGACACAUGGCUCAAAUGUCGUUUGUGCAAUGUACAAUGUGCAAAAAAGUUUUUGUGUCUAUUUUACUUUCUCGUACGAAAAGAAAAUAAUAUUAUUAUAUUAGUUACAUAGAUAUAUCGGUUUUAGGUAGUGACUUGUAGUUGUCAUUCGAUUUAUAUAAAAAUAAAAUAAAAAGAUUUUCGUAAUUUUGUAUUCGAUUUAUUUAUUUACUCUCUCUUACUUGAGAUAAAAAUCGUAUCUAUCUUUGACUUUUCUGUGCUAAUAAACUUAUCGACGGUAAGUCACCUUAUCCGUACACGCUGUCUGUCAAAGGGACGACGUAUAGCAUACAAUAGAAGUUUGUAUGGAAAUUGCGAUUCACGCGUCCCUAUAUAAGGCGAUAAGAAUAACUUAUCGGGUAUAUUGGGACAGCUUCAGAUUAUUGACAGCUAAUUACUGACGGUAGAAGGUAGUAAUUUAUCUCUAUCUGUAGAUAGUAUAUUGGGAACGGCCGUAAAGCAACUCUGCUAUCGCCCUCGCAAGGCGACUGUCGAGAUCGAGCGAAGUGUUAUGUUAAUUAUCGCGUGUAUCUGCAUCACUCCGUGAUAUAUAUUUUCUUUUCAGAUUUAUAAAUUUACUAAGUUCUGAGCUUUAUUUGUUAGAUAUAGAUAUACGAUAAAUAUUUAAAUAUUAUAAUUAUUUUUUCACACAUUUACUGCCAAAUCAGUGUUAGGAAAAUACGCGAAUCGCGCUGCUGCCUCGUUUUCUAGUUAUUAAAUAAUCCUUUCAUGUUUUAAAGAUCUCUGUCUUUAUUGUUUUUUUAACAUUUGUGUUGUUAUUUUUUCUUUUCUUUAUUCAAUGUUAAUUGUUCAUAUCUAUUGUAAUUGUAAAAAAUUUGGUGGCAGUUUUUCGCAAAUAAAAAAUUAUUAUUAUUAUUAUUAUUAAUUCGUACAUGCUAAAAGCCAUUGUUUUUUCUCAAUUAUAAUUUCUCUCAAUUUUUCUCAAUUCCCGCGGGUUGCGGGAAACAAUAUCAGUCAAAUAAUGACAAUACAAGAUGAUACUACGUACUUUUUAAUUACUUAAAACAUGAACUUUUAACUAGCCUAGAUAAUCUACUACUAGCCUAGAUAAAAAAAUAUGUUGUUAUUUUCUUAUAUAUAUAUAUAUAUAUAUAUAGGAAGGAAGUUAUUACAAAGCACUCCACUAGGUUAAGGUUGAAAAAUUAUGAUUAAAGUGUGUAUUGAUGGAACAAAUCUGGAGCUAAUAAUUCAUUGCAUUCAUUUUCCGCCACGGGGACACCGCUAGAUAUAGACGCAAUAUUUAAAAAUUUAUUAUAGCAAUAAAUAAGAUAUUAUAAUGAUGUCGAUUCCUGGAAUCCAUAUAAUCUUAAUCCAUUUCGAAGUUAUUUGGCAAGUUACAUAGUAAAGUAAUUUAUCGGAUUGUAUCAAGAAUUAUCAAGGAUGCUGUAUCGUUUAUAUCUGAUAAUUAGGGCUUAUUUAUUCUGGCAAUAAUAUUCAUAAACCAAGCUGCUCAUUUAUUGUACUUUUAAUCUAUGUAAAUCUUAUUUAUUUGAGAUUGCUUAUAGGCUUUAUAAAGUAGCAAAUAUAAUUUAAGCAUCUAACAAACAGUAGCCUGUACUAACAACUACGAAAACAAAAAUUGCCAGCUAACUCAUAGUAGGUGUUAAUAUGCCGCCGUAAAUGUGGUAAGUGAGAUAGCAAUUAAAAUGUAAGUCCUUUAUUAUUAUUAUGUUGAACUAAACGAGCAAUAUAUAUUUUUUAGUAUUGGAUAAAGCAUUUUAUUUAUUAAUUACUGGAUUGUUUUACUUAUUUUAAUCUUCCAAAAAGUGUCUAAGUUAUGUACCAACUUUUUUGCUUGAACUGUGUCGAGUUAGCCUAUUUUUUUUAAUAAAAAAUUGAAACAAA